GACCAUCUGCAGCUUUUUUCCAUAUUGAUUAGUUAUGUCGCUUUUGUUGUUUACUCGCCACAUUUUUUUUGGCCAGCCAGUCAAUUGUGCUUAGCGGUGCGCGGGAAAUCGACCGCAGGAUACACAAUCGCAGGACACGCAGUGCAGCAACUGGGAAGGAAAUCGGAGUCAAACCCCAAACAGGAUCCCAAAGUCGAGUCGUCGCGAGCGAGCGAGCGAGCGCACAAAAUCCCCCGAUGUCCGCGGGUGUGGGUGGCGGAGGGAGCAUUACCACCGAGCAUCACAGUCGCCUCUACUUCCUCAACUCGCCAACGGCGCCGCUCACCGCCCGCGAUCCGUUCUUCAUCAAGCCGGAGUAUCUCAGCUAUGAGAGUCCCAUGCAUCAUGCCCUCUAUCCGGGCAACCGUGGCCUCAUAGAGUACAAUAACUAUACGAGUUCGGCGGCCGCAGCGGCAGCCGUUGCCUCCCCGGUAGCCAGCUCCGUUUCGGUUUCCGGUUCGGGAUCGGCAUCGGCAUCGGGAUCGGGAUCGGGAUCCGGUUCCUCUGGUGGAGGUGUCCCGGCCAGUGGCUCUGCAGCAACCGCAGCGAAUAGCGGCACGGCAGCAGUACUCAGCUUGGAGAGCCAGAACUUUGCCCAGCAAGGCAAUCCCCACCAGCAACAGCAACAGCAGCAGCAGCAACAAGGGAAUCCCCACCAGGAGGUCCUACAGCAGCAGCAGCAACAGCAGCAGCAGCAUCCCCUGCAUCAUCAUUUAUCCGCUGGCAUUGUCGUCGAGGCCGGUGUCGUACUUGGUGGCGUACCUGGCCUGGCCAAUCUCGGCGUGCCGCAUCUCAGCAGCCAGCAGCAGUCGGCCAACACACAGCAGGGACAAUCCUCGCGAGCACAAAAGGCCGCGCGCCGCAGGAGCAACGAGUCCAUUGAGGCCAGGGAACGGCGACUGGAGAGGAACGCGGCCCGAAUGCGGGAUAAACGGUCCAAGGAAUCGGAGGCGGAGUAUCGGGUGCGUUUGGCCAAGAAUGCGGAGGCGAAUCGAGUGCGUCGGCAGAACGAAACGGAAGUACAAAGAACCCUAAGACUGAUGAAGAACGCAGCGCGGCAGCGACUGCGUCGCGCCUCGGAAACCGUCGAUGAGCGAAAGAAGCGGCUGGCCAAGGCCGCCGAACGGAUGCGAGUGGCCCGGGCCAGUGCGCCCAAGGUCAUCAAGCCGCCGCUGGCCGACAGGCUCAAAGGUUACUAAGCAAGGGAUCUUCUAGUGUCCGGAACAUAACCAUUUGGAGCUGGUUCUCCAGCAAUGCGAACAGCGGCGGCGGAGCAGUCAGGAACACAACCUUGUUUUUGCCCCGCUGAACAAAGCUGGCCAGGAUCGGCAGAGGAACAUACACACAUCUAUAAAUAAUAUAUAUUGUAUACAGCCUAAAAACAGUCAAAAAGCAGAAGGAUUACGUGACGUAAGAACAGAUGAAUGGGCAGCAGGCACUCUAGGAUUAAAGCCAGGCAAUUUUUUUUUUAAGUUAAAAUUUAACAAGAUGGAAGUAAUGUAACGUAAACGUAAAGUAAAGUAUUUUUAUAAUGCAUGCAUUAUAUUCGUACGAUAUAUAUAUAUAUAUAUAUAUAUAUAUAUAUAAAUAUAUACGUAUAGUUAUGUAUACACGCAGGACACACACAUGUACACCUAGCAUAGUCAUAGCACACAUAUAUAGAGCCCCCCAAAAAUGGCAGUAAUACCCCCACUACCCGGGAAAACGGAAAAGGAAGCUUACAACGCCAGGGUGCCUCACUGUAAAUAAAAACGGAGGGAAAACGGAGGUACACUUCCAGUCCCAAACAACAACAACAACAAAUUCGCAAAUAAAAAUAAUUCCAAACGAGGCAACAAGUGCCUUCCCAGCAAAUCCUCGGGCGAAACUACACACUUGCAUGCAUGCAAUGUAUUCAAAAAUCGUAUUUUUCCAAAACAUCUGAGGCACCCUGGCGCCAAUCAACCCCCAUAUGUGUGUGUAGUUGGUUAAAGCAUGUAACCCAAAACGGACAACGCCAGUCACAUAAGGAUAUACACACACUCGACAGUCCCACAUUCAUAUAUAUAUAUAUACAUAUAUAUAAAUACAUAUAUUUGGAGCCAUGUAUGCAUACACACAUGAUCCGUUGCCAGGCACAUAACGCAAUAUUUGUUAUAGCACGCAAUCCUUCUUCCUCCCACCACCUACUUUCCCAAAUCCUUCUUUUCCCCCUCCCCCUUACCCCUUCCCCCUUUCCCACCCACGCCCAUGUCCUUAGACGGAUUCAAGACACUUCAGCUCGGGCCCACAUGAUAACUAAAUAUAUUAUUCUAAUUAUAAUUAAUUAAAACGUAACCAUUAAGUUCUAGUCGAAAUUUCAAAUUGUUUUUUUUCCUGUCUAAAUACGUUUAUCAAUUGUUUUGCCUUAAGACUUAAGAUUGAGAUACAUUUUUGUGUAUUGUAAUAUUCAUGUACACUAACAAUAACAACACACAACAACAACAAAACAAACACACAACACCAAGAAAACGAAAACAUAAAAAAAAACAUAACAAGCAAAAAAACGAGAAUAACAAAAUGAAUAUACUUGAAUAAAGUUGCAUUCACAAUUUUUAAA